UCAGUGCGGCAGGAAAACCGCAUCACGGCACCGAAUAGAGGACCGAAUGCAAAACACACAGGUUAUUCAUACAAUGACACAUGGCCAUGAAAGGAAGAAGCCGUCUGCUGCCAAACAACUCAAAUAAUGGAAAUAUUGUUGUUUUCAUUCCAGUCGAUGAGUAUUUUUCCCUCCUCUUUGAUUUCCAAGGAAACCUAGCUUGUUCAGACGGAGAGCCUUUCAACUGGUAGAAAACAGAAUGGAUGAAAAACACCAGGAGUAGCGACCCAUUGUGUGAACGAGACCGAAAAAGACAAAACAAACCUAGCCCCAAGAGCAUUUUAUUACUGGAAGGACAUACAUAUCUGUGAAUAAUCUGCGGAAAGACAGACCAUCUCUUCAGUUUCCAGCUGUUUAUAGUUUUCCACCAAAUUCCAGUACUGGGAUGCUUUCGCUUCGUAGGGUUUGAGGGAACAAUCAAGGGGUGAAAUAUGGGUGAAGUUCAGGACGUCAGGGAUGUUAAGAAGACGUUCGUUGCUCCAGCAAUAAAGUCUUUUGAGCACUAUGACUUCUCCCGAGCCAAAAUGUGUUGCAGCCUCACAUGGUUGGUGGCCAAAGCAUACGGGACAGACAGCAUCCCAGCAGACUUGAAGGACCCUUUCUACACAGACCAGUAUGAGCAGGAGCACCUGAAGCCUCCUGUGGCCAGCCUCCUGCUAUCUGCAGACCUCUACUGCAGGGCUGGCAGCCUUAUCCUAAAGAGCGACGCUGCCAAGCCGCUGCUGGGUCACGAUGCUGUCAUCCAGGCGCUAGCUCAACGCGGUCUGUACGUCACCGACCAGGAGAGACUGGUGACUGAGAGAGACCUGCGAAAGAGGCCUCUGCAAAUGAGCGCCCAUCUGGCAAUGAUUGACACUCUGAUGAUGGCAUACACAGUGGAGACUGUGAGCGUGGAGAAGGUGAUGGCCUGCAUUUGUCAAUAUGCAUCCUGCUACCCUGAGGUGGAAACACCUUAUGACACUGAGGAUGCAGUGACCACCUGGAUCAACAAGGUAAAUGAAUAUCUGAAAGAGAUUGUGGCGCAGGAGCAAAGGAAGAAGGAAACGCAGGGCACCGAGCCUGCUGGGAGUCCUCGGUCUCCAACCAAGUGGUACAUGAAGCUUGUGCCUGCUCGCUACAGGAAGGAGCAGGCCUCGACCCAGCCGGUUCCUUGGAUCCCCCCAGUGGACAACCUGCUAAAAGACAGCACAGAUGGCUCGGCCCUGGGUGCACUGCUGCACUUUUACUGUCCUCAGCUGCUGCCACUGGAUGAUGUUUGCCUGAAGGAGAAUAUGAGUCUGGCUGAUCGACUGUACAACCUGCAGCUAAUACAAGACUUCUGCAAAGACAACCUGAACAGCUGCUGCCACUUCAGCCUGGAAGACAUGCUCUACGCCUCCUCCACCGUCAAGAAUAACUACCUGGUGUUCAUGGCAGAGCUGUUUUGGUGGUUUGAGGUGGUCAAACCGUCAUUUGUGAAACCAAGAAAGCUCGAUACCGAAGGCACAGAGCCCUCAUCCUUCUUGAAGAAUUUCCCUGUAAUCCCCAUCUCCAAGGCAACUAAGAAGAGUUUUAUGGAAAGGCCCCCAAGCCCUGAAAGACCCAGUUUACCCCUGCGGCCCCAGCCCCGAAACUCAGGAGAGAUCAAGAGGUCAACCUCAAUGUCCUUUGUUGAUGGCAAUCUCGGUACCUGGCCAAAAGAGAAGAGAUCUGGGCCUUACGGUGUGUCCUUUGACAUCCCCUUUGAUAAAGAGGAGUCUGCGCCUGCCACUGUUCCCUCCACACGUGGCAUGUUCAGGUCUGUCAGCACGGAUGAUGGUUCUGGUUUCAAGGUCCUUCACAUGCCCCGUGGAAUGAAGCGCAACCUGUCCUUCCAGCCAGUGAAUGGUCAGAGUGUCGGCAUUGAAGAGGAAGGCUGCCCAGACAGCCUUGCUGGCAUGAAGCCGAGCAAGCAAGGGUACUCCAACGGACACAGAGGAGUUACAGAAACAACUCCGUCCAUGGAGGAAGCCCUCCAGAUUAUCCAAAGCCCAACCAGGCCACCAGUGGAGGGCAUCAACAAUGGUUUCUUUCUGCAUAGUCAGGAACAUGGUGCCGGCGUUGGUGCUUUAGAUCCAGUGUCAGAGGUGGACUCCAAAGGACCUUUGAGCACCACGGACACCACAGAAGUGGACACUGGCAUCCAUAUCCAAACAGAGGACAUGCUGGAUGAAGAUUCCUCUCUGAAAGACUGCUCUGUGAACAUGGAGCUGGACAUGGACACGCCGAGCCCCUGCCCGAGCAGUCAAAGCAAAUCCCCUUCAGCAGUAAAGAUGACUAGCUUUGCUGAGCAGAAGAUGAAGAAGCUUAAUCCAUCAGCACCAGACUCAGGAAGGGGCAGCUGCAGCUCCCUGAAGACCACUCCGGAGGGCUCUGAAUUUGGGCUCCCAUUAUCUGUCUCAUGGGCCCCGACCCCUGAGCACAGCCCGGUCCGCCAACAAACCACACCGCCCCCUAUUUCACAGCCGUCACCCACACCUGUCCAGCUUCCACCCAAUGACCCCGCUCAGGUCAUGGCUACAGAGAUGGUGCAGCUGCGGAUGAGGCUCGAGGAGAAACGGAAAGCUAUUGAGGCACAGAAGAAGAAAGUGGAGGCAGCUUUCACAAGGCAUCGGCAAAAGAUGGGCCACUCAGCAUUCCUAAACGUGGUAAAGAGAAAAGGUGACGGUGCAGCAAGUGGAGAAGAGGGAGGAAAAACUGAGGGAGAAGGAAAGUCAGCAAGUACAAGUCCCACCUUUAAAUUUGGGAGGAACAAGGCAGACACACCUGACGGGGCAGAGCAAAGCAGCACGGCUUCCUGUUGGCAAAAAUCUCCCGGUGCAGGUGAGGAAGGCGGACAAAGCCACGCUCAGCUGACAGAAGUGGAUCUUACAGAGUAUACACGUUCAAUUGAGAAACUCAACCACUCUUUGGCCUUCCUCCAAACUGAGAUGCAGCGAUUGGCUCAGCAGCAAGAAGUAAUCAUGGCCAUGAGGGAGCAAAAACAGCAGCAGGCGUGGGUCAUCCCUCCUCCACAUACAAACCCCUCGCCACAGAAGCACGGUCGAGCCGGAGCCGUCACUCGAUCCUCGGGACCCUCUUCUCCGGCUGACUCCCCUCGUUCCACCCAUCGCUCUCCAACCAGCAUCAAACGGAAAUCUGCGUCCUUCCACUCACGUAAUCCUCGCACCGCUCGACCCAGCGAGCUCAAGCUGGCCCCCUACAGUCGCGUCCUAACCGCGCCGCAGUCUGUCGAUAGCAUCCCAAGGCUACGGCGAUUUUCUCCCUGCCAGCCCCUGGCAAGUUCCUUCGUUUACAUGGGGGAGAAACCAGCAACCGCCAAUUUGGAGACGGUCGCUCCAGUUGCAGAUAAAAACAAGGAAAUACAUUCCCUCCUUUCCCCAGAGCGAGAGCUUGUGGGUAUAGCCGGUUCCCCCUGUAGCUCCCCAAAACUGCAGAACAAAAAAGAGCAAAGUGAAGUAGGUACUAAUGCCCAAACCCAGGAAACAGAAGCUCCCCACCAAUCCAAGACCACUGACAUGGAAACAGAUUACCAGAAAGUUCAGAAGUCAGAUGUAGAGCUCAAACCUACUUUAGAGUCAACAUUCCCUGAGGUUCUAGCCCACCCUGUGGUAGAGACCUUCACGGUGAUGCCAACAGAGAUCCCUUUCCAGUCAGAAUUGUCUGGCCAAGCCAAAAGCAGUUUGAUUGAGGUUCCUCUGUCAGUGGUGAAACCGCUAGAGGAUCCAACUCUGGAUGAAAGCCUGGAAAUGCAGCAGGGGGAUGCGGAAAGCCUAGAUGAUGAACAGAAGCUGUGCCGCGGUUUCUUUUUCAAGGAGGAUGGAAAAGCAGAGGAGAACAUGGCGCAGAAGAGGGCUGCACUGCUGGAGAAAAGGAUGCGAAGGGAAAAGGAGAGCCAGCAGAGGAAGAUGCAGCUGGAAGCUGAGCUGGAGCAGAAGAAAGAGGAAGCUCGACUGAAAGCCGAAGAGGAGCGUGUCAGGAAGGAGGAGGACAAGGCCAGGAAGGAGUUCAUCAAGCAGGAGUACCUCCGGAGGAAGCAGCUGAAGCUGAUGGAGGACAUGGACACCGUCAUUAAACCUCGACCCGCGGCCGGGGCCAAACAGAGGCGAGGGCGACCGAAGUCUAUCCAUCGCGACAGCAUGGACUCACCCAAAACCCCCGUGAGGGCUGCCACAGGUUCACGCCAGCGUGUCUUUUCAGUCUCCAGCUUGUCCCUCGCUUCACUCAACCUGGGAGACAACGACAGCGUUCACUCUGAGAAGAGAGCAGCAAGAAGUUCUAGUUUAGCCUCUAGCGGUCUCUUCUACUUUCUGGGCUCUCCUAAACUGAGAAGGAGAAGGCCUGACUCUGCUGAUGGUUUCCUGUCCCCCAGUCGCUCCAGCAGCAGGAAUGGAGAAAAGGACUGGGAAAAUGGAUCCACCACCUCUUCUGUUACAUCAAAUACAGAGUACACUGGACCAAGGCUGUACAAGGAGCCCAGCGCCAAAUCUAACAAGCACAUCAUCCAAAAUGCUCUGGCACACUGCUGCCUUGCAGGGAAGGUCAACGAGGGGCAAAAGAACAAGAUUUUGGAGGAAAUGGAGAAAUCAGAAGCCAACAACUUCUUGGUUUUGUUCCGAGAUGCCGGAUGCCAGUUUCGCGCUCUCUACACUUAUUGCCCCGAGACCGAAGAGAUCAACAAGCUGACGGGCAUCGGCCCCAAGAGCAUCACACGCAAGAUGAUUGAUGGCCUCUACAAGUACAACUCAGACAAGAAGCAGUUCAGUCAGAUACCAGCUAAGACCAUGUCAGCCAGCGUGGACGCAGUGACAAUCCACAACCACCUCUGGCAAACCAAGAAGCCAGCCACCCCUAAAAAAGUAGUGCCUGCCCAGUCCUAAUGGGACUUGAUACCCCGAACAUUUCAUUUUCCCUCUUUGAACAUAACCAGUCUCGGUUAGUACUUCAGUGUACAUAUCCAUGAAGAUUCAAACACCUGCAAUGCCAGUUAGAUGAAUGCGUAUUUAUCUUUUGUUUUGUUUGUUCUCCUCAUUGCAUUCCCGUCCUUGUUUAUUCUUCAUAUUCGGACCAGAAGUGAUAAGACUUUAAAGAUCACGAACAGCUGGAAUGUACGACACUGUCGAGGAAUGAUGUAAACGUAAUCAUGUCUGUGUUUGAAAAAGAGAUUUGAGACAGUGUGUGAGAGCGCGUGUGACUGAUGUUUUUGAUCUCUAUGUGCCAAACAUUAAAAGAAAAAAAAGGAGACAGUAUGAAUGCCGGGACAUUUUACUCCGUACACUGAAGCUCUGAAUGUUUUCAAUUCAUGUAUAGACUGACUUUUGUUCGCACUACCCUGUUGAAGUGUGGCCUUACGCACGUUUUGUUUUAGUGUAAGAGUGACUGUAAAGCGAUAACCUCUUUUGUAUUUGGAAGGAACCUCUUUUUUCUUUUCUCACCUGUGUGAGUAAAACAGUUUGUACAUUAAAGUACGUAAACUCCAAAGGGCCAAAAAAAAAAGCCUGAUUGCAUACAGCUAGCGUUAGCCACACAGGAUAUGUGUGUUCAGCUCAACAAAGCAAAGCGGUUCCAGCUUUUUCAGAACCCCUGUUUUUGAGGAAGUGAUUUUAAUGAAUGCAGGACGUUACUGUAGAUCACUGGUUCUCAACCUGUAGGUCAGGACACGUGCAGACAGUUUGUGCUAUCGAGUACAAUGUCAGGUUUCUGGUUUAUUUGCAUUGCUUCAGCCCAAAAGAUUGGGAACCAGUGUUGUAGAUCACCUCGCUGCUGGUUCACAGCAGGUUUGUGAACAAAUGAAACUGCUCAGUAUUAUUUAUUUUUUAUUAUGAAAUGCUGCCGACUACAACUUGUAGGGUUCUUUGCAGUAUACUAAGAUAUUGUACAAUCACACUCCUGGCCACUUGGAUCAGGACUGAUAUCCAAGCUAUAAUGACACCUACAAAGUAUUUCUCUUUAUGUCACGAUGAAAUGUUAACAUUAAAUUCAAGAUGCACACUCAGACUCUUUAUUAUCAUAUCUGCACCCAGCUAUAAGCCACUUUUGGCCCACCAAAAUUAAGUAAGAAUAGCUAGAAUAUAGCACAUGCUAGAUUUCUCAUAGUUGCAAAAAAUAUGUUCUGUUAUUUAGAAGGUAAGUGAUGCAUUAAAUUAGUUUCUCCCAGUUUAUUAAAAAGGCCACAUUAUGAAGUGUUUGUGUGAUUUUCAACAUGUCUGUGCGUCUUUCACCACAGAAACGGGUUCUACCUGAACAACUAAAGCGUGUGUGUUAGCAGCAUUUUUGUCCAUCAUCUAUAAAUGCAGCACGUUGUGAAUUUAUAGUAACAUUGUAAUUUUGCUAGAUUUAUUUUUUUCUAUUAACACUAGGAUGAAAUUCACACAAUAAUGCAAGGCAGAAUAGGGCAGGUAGAUCCUUGUUGCUGCAUACGGGUAGAGUCUCGCCAUUUGGUUUAACCAGCGUCAGCGUUGUGUUACUUUUGCCACUGAAUGUCAAAUCCAACACCAUUUGCAGGUACGAUUUCCCAAAAAAAAUAAAUCUGCCAACGUGGUGCUUUGUUUUUAACUGGGGCGUGGGACGGGUGGGGGGUAUUUAUGACCAAAAGAGACAUGUACGUGUUUUUGAAAUUGUAAUCUAGUACGACUGGGGGAAGAAGUGUUUCAAUGUUCUUUACUGGAAGGAUGUGUCAGCAGAAAGCUCGGUCUGCCUGCAUUUGGCUGUUUUAAGGCCAAGGUUAAAAAGAAGAUUAUUAUUUAAACUGUAAUGAUAUUGUACAGUGUGUUCAUGUGAGCAACUUAUUCACUAUGAUGACUUUGUUUUUGUUUCGUCAGACGCUGUGCCCUCAUUCAACAUGUGGCUGAACAUGUAGUGUCAUUUUUCUUUUUCUUUUUCAUUUUGCAUUAAAUAAAAUAAAGCAUGACAUCAGCA